CUUAAAUAGAGUUUUACAUGAUGCUUCGUCGUUUCAGUUGCGAUGAAGAAAGGACCAUGGUAUCCAAUCUUGAGGAUGGAAUGGAUCUAGAGGGAUAAAUUAGUUCGAGCAUGUGCCGAAUGUUGUAUUCCCCGUACUCGUUUGUCAAAAGUAGGGAUUGGGGUUCGAAGGCAAAGCUCAGCGCCGCCUGGCCAGGCGUGGUGGCCACCCGCGGAACUACAAACCGAUUGUGCCACGGUACUGUCAAAUCGCGGAGAGCAUGGGACAGCAGACGACGCCGCCGACUAAAUAUCGCUGACAUGUCGAAACAUGUGUCGUAUCAGCUCUCUAAAAUUCAUUUGAUCUUAGAAAACUUAACCCCGACAAGCGUAAUAGCGUAAACGCUUGGCGGAGGCAUUUAUAAAUCUGCUUGAACAACUGAUUGGGGUCGAUGGUGCUGCUCUCUGGCGGGCCCUCGAACCCCAAUGGAAAGCUGAAAUGAAAGUCCGGAUAUCUGCAAAGCGGUCAGAUUUGAAAGUAAUAUCCGGUCUUAACCUAUCCGGUUAUCCGAGGUCGAAAUCCGGAUAAUAGGCGGAUAUCCGGUAAAAUAUCCGUCUUUUUCCCUUAUAUUUUUUCGAAAUCAAGUAUCCGGUCGCAACCUAUCCGGAUAUUAGAAGGCUGCAUCCGGAUAACCGGAUUAUCCGGACGCGGUCUUUCCAUCCCUAGUCAAAAGUCGUCAAAUAAUUUUUUUUUUGGUCACACCUUCUAAUCGGAAUUAUUAUUUUCAAUGGAUUUGUUCUGUCUAUCAAAAGAAACCAAAGCAACAUCCUCUUUGUUUUCCCCGUCAUGCUCAUGACGUUCUAGUUUGUCGGGCUAGUUGUCAGAACAAUGAAGUUCUGACCAUUCCAGUGUGCAGGUUAGGUUGACAGAUCUUUGUUUGGGUCCAAGAUUGUUGUUUUUGUACUCUAGACGGCUGCGCACUUGCUCGCUACUCGUUCUCGUUAGAUUCUGAGACAAAUGUUGGGAAACUCCCCAAUCAAGUGUUUUUAACUGUCCGUAAAUCAAUUCGGUUCAAUUUUUUCUGCUAACUUGAGCAAGAAAGAUGGGAGCCUCUGAAAGAGAGAUUAGGAAUGCAGCAGAAGUUUUGCUCACUGGAAGUUAUUCCAGCCAAUUGCCUAGCCAACCGUCACCGUACCACUUUUAUGCCAGCUAUUUACACAAUGAAGAUAUCUAUGUUGGCCUUAGCCGCAAUAACAGGAUGUCUGUUGUCAGAAGAUUUUUCUGCCUUCUUGUGACUUUUGAUCUACUUUUGACUGGUUUAAUGUGGCUCAUAUGUAUGAUGCUGAUAAGUGAAGGUGACAUAGUUUUAUCAUUUACAUCUCAAGUGGUGCAUUACCAUAUACAAACCUCUCUGUUCGAUAUUGUGAUGGCAGCAGCAUCAAGGUUUACCAUUUUAUUAUUAUUUUAUGGACUCUUACAAAGUGAUCAUUGGUGUUCUGUUGCUCUGACUACUUCAGGGACAUGUGUCUUUUUGAUAGCCAAAGUUUUUGUUUAUGACUGGGCUAAAGCAAGCCAACCAACUUUUCAAGUCAUGCUCAUACUUGUCUCUUUUGUCUUGGCCUGGGGUGAAGCUUGGUUUUUGGACUUCAGAGUUUUAUCUCAAGAAAUGAAAGCCAAGGAGUGCUUAUUGUCUUCUACUAUGUAUCAAGACAGUGAAAGAAAUCCUAUUAUGAGGAAUUAUAUCAACAACCUUCCAGGGUCAAGGGAUAAUCCAGAAUCGAUAGCCAACUUUUAUUCUCCUAUGGAUUCUCCUGAAGACUCUGAUAAUGAGGGCUGUAGUAGUGGUAACCCACAAGGACCAUCUUUGACUAAAAAUCAGUCACUAAAUUAUCGCAAGCACGCUCGAGAGAUUCUGAAUACAGCUUGGGCUUUGCUCAAUAGUCCUGAUUGGCAGCUAGAGAAAGAAACUCAAGAAGGGGAUACAGUUCAUUCUAAAACUGUCUCAAAGGGACCAAAAGUUUUUCGCCUAACAGCAAAGGUCCAUUUGCCUGCCACACUCCUGUUAAAUAAGUUAUUUGACCACAUAGAAGAGAUGCCUAUUUGGAACCCAACUGUGAUAGAAUCUCAACGGCUAGAGGUACUUGACAGUCAAACUGAUAUAACAUAUCAAGUCAGUGCUGCUGGAGGGGGUGGUGUUGUGGCCAGUCGAGACUUUGUAGUUCUCCGGCAUUGGGAAAUUAAAGAUCAUACCUAUGUGUCAGCUGGUGCAUCCAUAGAGUACCCUAACAAGCCGUCUACUAAACAGUACAUAAGAGGGGAAAAUCUUCCAGGAUGCUGGGCAAUGAAACCAAUUCAGGGUGAUGAGAGUUGGUGUCACUUCCAAUGGCUUUUAAACACAAACCUUAAUGGAUGGCUACCUCAAUAUGUUGUGGAUUCUGCUUUUACAAAUGUGAUGUUAGAGUUUCUGGAACAUCUAAGAGCAUACACUGAGAAACUCAGCCAAGAUUAGCUUCCUACUGUCCUAUGGAUGUGUUAAAAUUUUAGAGGUCAUCCUCACUGCCAAUCCAUCUUAGGUAUUUUGAAGUCAUGUGCUUAUUCGUCCCUUCUUUCUAGUUAUAAAGAACAGUUAGCUUAAAUCAGGCAAAUCUAUGUGUUACUGAUAGUUUCUUGUUCUCUUUUGAAGAGCGCAAGUCCUUAUCUCUUAAUUUCAUGGGCUGAGAGAGUGUGCCAAGUGCGGAUCCAGAGGAGGGGGGUUGGGGGUGGGGCUAAAGGACAAUUGCCCCUCCCUUGACCAUUGGAUAGCCGCCUAAAAGGCAGGUAAAAAGCAACACUUUGCACCUGCAAGUAGGCAAAAAGUGCUACUUUGACACCCACCACCACCACCACCCGCCUCAGGCCGUCUCUGGAUCCGCCAAUGGACUCAUGACAUGCUGCAAGGGUUUUAGAUAUUAAAAAGAGUGUCAUUCUGAAAUUUUGUGGUACUUUUGGUUGGCAGCAUAUGUUGGCAGUCUAGUAAUGGGCGUUAUCUUUUUUUUUAAAUCUAUUACUAAGCUUUAUUGUAAUUGUGUCUCUUGGAAGCAAACUUUUCGCCUAUCCAGCUGUGCAGUGCAGAUCUCUCUCUCAUUAAGUCAACACAUUUUGGCUCGUGAUGUACCAAUUCUAAAGUUAGUUGAAAAUUUUAUAGGAAAUACUUAUGUCAAGUAGAAUGUAUUUUAUCUAUUUAUGAAGACCCAACCCUGUAAAAUUGUUAAGGGUCUGGUGAUGUGCCAGAAGAACCAGUCAUUCUCCAUUCCAACAUGACUUCCUAACUGACAAAUCCUCAUUGUCCAUUAGUGUCUUUAUCCAAUUAUAAUCCCCAUAGCUUUUUCUUAUUUUUCUUCUUUAAUUUGACUUGGAAGAGUAUGGGGAGACUAUAUUUCGACCCUGUUAAACAUGUUCUUAAUUGUCUCUCUUCCCAAUUUAGAGUUUCUGAAUGGAGGAGGAGGAGGAGGGUAAUUUUAUUCGGAUAUUUACCUGAUUGUUCACAUUGGCCUGUUCAUGGUUAGGGCCUGGAAUUGGGAUUCUGAAAAAUUAGGACAAUAUAUGUUGAUUCCAUUUUUCUUUUCUGCUUUUUUUUUUUUUUUUACUAGUUACCCUGUAAAAUGUACAAUUUUCCCUCAAAAGAUUACCUGUCAUUUGAACUUGGUAUUGUGUGCCAUAAAACCAUCUCCACUUUUGAAUAAUGACCAAGGAACUGAUAAUUUUUUUAUUAUGAUUAUUAGAAUUUCUUUACAUUACAUAUAUUCCUGUAUGUUGUUUCAUAUAAUAAAUUUUUGUAAGAACUGCUUGAA